GAAGACAAUGAAGAAGAAGAAGACGACGAUGACGAUGAAGACAACGAAGAAGAUGACAAAGACGACGAAGAAGAUGACAAAAAUGAUGACGAAGACAAUGAGGAAGAUGACGAUGAAGAUGAAGAAGGUGAAGAAGAAGACGAUGAAGAACAAGAAGUCGACGAUGAAGAAGAAGACGAUGACAAAGAUGACGAAGAAGAUGAUGACGAAGAAGAUGACGAUAAAGAAGAAUAAGAAGACAAUGACGACCAUGAAGAAGACGAUGAUGACAAAGAAGAAUAUGAUGAAGACGAUGAAGAAUAUGAUGAAGACGACGAAGAAGACGACAACAAAGAAGACGAAGACGACGAAGAAAAAGAUGAAGACGAUGAAGAAGAUGAUGAA